CCAAAUACUCCAGUAUAGGUUUCUAACUCUGCGUCGCACGCAGCAAGGGCCGAAGGCCGCAUCUUCGCCGUCCCCAACUCCUUCCACCGCGACUUCGCCGCCGUCCACGGUCCGCCCUCGCCGCCGUCGAUGGCCGAUCCCUACCGCGCUUACGCCCCUCCCUCCUCUCUCGGCCGAGAUCCGCAGGGUGAUUUUCCUAGGCAUCCUCCAUCCGAGGGCUCUUAUUAUGCUUCAAGAAUGGCUGCUCUCCAUGGAACAUCAGAUAUACUUAGACAUGAUGUACCAUUACAGCCAAGAGCUUAUGGUUUGGAUGGUGCAGCAGGAGCAAGUCAUCCUGCUUUGGCUGGUCUUGGUGGACUGGCUGCUGGAACUACAGCUCGGGGGCCUAGUCCACUGGAAGACCCAGCUUUAGUAAGGAGAAGUUCUUCUCUAGGAAAAACUGCUAGUAUUCCAGAUGUUGAGCAUCCCAGACCCCUUCUGAACCUUGAUGGUCCAAGAGAAGAUGAAUCCAACAUUCUCUUUGUUGAUGGUCUCCCUACUGAUUGCACAAGGAGAGAAGUGGCCCAAGAUUUGUUCCGUCCUUUUGUUGGCUUCAAGGACAUCAGACUAGUGCAUAAGGAGCCAAGACAUAGUAGUGAUAGGGCCUAUGUUCUAUGCUUUGUGGAGUUCAGUGAUGCAAAAUGUGCAAUAACUGCUAUGGAGGCUCUCCAAGAAUACCGCUUCGACGAGAGGAAACCCGACGCCGCUGUUCUUAAUAUCAAGUUUGCAAGGUUCCCUUUCCGGCCGGCCGCUGCCCCCCAUGAUGAUCGGAGACGCCUUACCUUGCACUGAUUAGUUCCUAACUUCCUAUCAUCCUUAGUUAGCUGUGCCCAACCUGACCUUAUCAUUGCAACUUGUAAAUCUUGUACCAUCUCUGUCCCAUAAUACAAGGGAUUUAGCUCAAUCCUUUAUAUUCUGUGAUGGAGGUAGUAACAACCUGUUGUCAGUCGAAACUGGCUAGCAGGAAUCUUGAACAGCAGCAAAACAAGGAAUGUACAUUUGUGGGUUCGAAACACCUUCAGAUUUUUUGCUGGUGCCAGUUCCAGAAACAAUGGGAUUUGCUUUUC